UGCAAACUCACACACAAGCGGCAAAGAGAAGAGAACUGCUGCACACUUGACGCGUCCAUCCGUCUCUGUGUUCGUCUGUACGUGUGUUUGUAAGGCCUCAGAUCACUGACGGAUCAUGGAGAAAGAAGACGUGAAACCAAACUACAACAGGCUCCUAUCAGCUGAGAGUUGGAGCUCGGAUCUGUCCAGCGACUCGUGUGAAUACUAUCAGACUGAGAUUUUCGGCCUGUUGCCGAGCUCACAGGCUCAUCGACGGCAGGAUGAGAGUUUGGACAAAGUCUCCUGGAACCCCAACGUCCCGCUCAGAGAUCUGCCCGUCUGCCUACAGGACAAGAGAGACAUCCGAGACCGGCAGCAGCUCCAGAAACGCAGCAUUGGCUCCUGGGACUCGUGGAGGCGGAGCCAGGAGAUCACAAGGCGGCGCUUAAAGGAGCAUGUGGGCGGGGUCAUAUCAGGACUGUUGCCGUGGAGUCACACGCUCCAUAAGAUCGAAGGUCAGUUUGGGGUCGGGGUCAAGGCCUACUUCGUGUUCCUGCGGUACCUGCUGUGUCUGAACCUGCUGUACUGCGUCAUCAUCACCGGAUCGGUGCUCACGCCAACGCUGGUGUACGGAAAGAGCUCCAGUAUUAACGGAUGGUUGUCAUUCCAGAACUGCUCUUUCAAAGACUUUUUUGUCGGAUCAGGUUUUCUUGAAAACUCUCCAGUGUUUCAUAGUUUCUACACUCCUGGGAACAUCACUACUGGUGGGUCUCAAAAGUGUCUAAACACUCCGAUCCUCUUUCUCCUUGGCAUGAUCUCUGUCAUCUUCCUCAGCAUCAUCAUGGUGGUCCGCAGGACGGUGGUCGGCUACAAACACUCGUGGUUCACAGGAAAUCGCUUCAGUUCCAACUUCAGUUACAAGGUUUUCUGUGGCUGGGAUUUCUGCAUCCAGAACCCUCAAGCAGCGACACUGAAACAAAACUUCAUCAAGAACGAACUCAAGAUGGAUCUAGAAGAGCAGACGUUUCAACAGAAAGUCCAGCAGCGAUCGCUCAAACACUGGGUUGAGCUCAUCUUCCUGCGGGUCCUUCUGAACAUCCUCGUGCUGGUUCUUCUGGGCAGCUCAUUCAGUCUGAUAUAUUAUGCCAUUUGGUGGUCACAGUCGAAGUGUGGGAAUAACUGGGCUGUGUGUCUGAUGUUGGAGUAUCUUCCUCCGAUUACAAUGACCACACUAAACUACAUGCUGCCGCACGUCUUCAGUAAGAUCUCAGAGUUUGAAGAUUACUCGCUCACCAUCCAGCUGAACCUCACCCUAGUUAGGAGUAUUUUCCUGAAGUUGGCGUCUUUGGGCAUCUAUCUGUUCUUCUUCAUUAACACAGAAAAAUUUGCAGAACCACAAAAGUGCAGAGAGAACGAGUUUGGGAAAGAGAUGUACAAACUCACCAUCUUUAACCUCCUGGAGUGUUUCUUCAAUGCAUUUUGUGUGGCCUACCCAAGAAUGUUAUUGGUGGAGAGGUUUCCAUCCUCAAAGCUGGCACAGUUAUUAGGCAAGAAGCAGUUUGAGAUCUCCUUCAACGUUCUGGAUCUGGUCAACAGUCAGACGGUCACGUGGGUCGGUGUGUUUUACUGUCCUCUACUGCCGGCCAUCAGCGCCGUCCGGCUGCUGUUCCUCUUCUACAUCAAGAAGUUCACAGUGGUGCGGUGUUGCGCUCCAGCUCAGAGAAUGUUCCGGACCGCCAGUUCAUCUGUUCUCUUCCAUUUCAUGCUGUUGCUGGGUCUCUUCAUGGCUGUGGUUACAUUAGUUGUCAAUAUCAACAGGAUUGUUCCGGGUCAAUGUGGACCGUUUAUAGGCAGCGGAACUGUGUUUAAUGUGACCAAAGAGUGUAUCAUGACGCUUCCCCAUCCGGUACAGACCACCAUCAGCUACUUCUCAUCUGAGGCCUUCGCUUUUGCUCUCAUACUGGCUGAGAUCGUCAUACUGACGUCGUACGUGUCUCGUUCACGAGCAAAUCGCAAAGCCAUUGAGAGACUGAAGGACAUGUUGGUGAUGUGCAGCUCUGAUAAACGUUUCCUGGUGAAGCAGCACUCGACGAUCAUGAGGCGACAGCAGAGGAUACGCUAACAUCACCUCAGAUAAAUACAAUAAAACUAAAACAAACGGUAACUAAAAAACAAAAGAAGGCAAGAAACUAAACUGCUCCACCGACUUGAUCUGAAGCUACUCGGCAAAGAACGGUCGUAUGUUUAUAAGUGUCAUGAAAUGACAAUAAUAUAAAUGGACGUCAGGGGGAAAAUAAAAUAAAAACACCAGAUGUAAGAUAUGAGUUUUUAAAGUUAAGGAAAAGGCAAGAUUUGCACUGAUUUCAUCUCAUUUAGAGCUUUAUUCUCUCAACUCAUGACCUCUGACCUCUGGGUUUAUUAUAUUCGGUCAAAGUUCACUUCAGUACCACUUUAAUUUGUAAAGGCCUGUUUACACCAGUAACGAUAACUAUAUUUGUGACUCUGGAGCACAAAACCAGUCUUAAGUAUCACGGGUAUAUUUGUAGCAAUAGCCAGCAAUACAUUGUAUGGAUCAAAAUGAUCCAUUUUUCAUUUAUGCCAAAAAUCAUUAGGAUAUUAAGUAAAGAUCAUGUUCCAUGAAGAUAUUUUGUAAAUUUUCUUCUGUAAAUAUAUCACAGCUUAAUUUUUGAUUAGUAACAUGCAUUGCUUUUUUUCACCCUCAAAACAUUCCAAAUUUUUGGUGUCAACAGGGAUUAAAUAUCAACAUACUGUAUCAGUACUGUAAAGUAUGUUUGUAUUCUGUAAUGUUUGUGGAAACAUUAUUUUUGCAGUUUGUGUGGUACCUUUUUUAAUGUCUUUAAGUUUUAAAGCUCUUGGCCAGUAUUAUUCACACAUAAUUUCAUAAUUUUGUCAUGCUUUUGUAACUAAGUGUGUGCAUUCAAGUUGAUUUGUUAAUGUAUUCUCGCAAUAAAGUGUUAUAUUAGUAUCAUUCGUUUU